UAUCAAUUGUCGAGCAGACUCUUGCGGAUUCAGUUCUACAAAUAGAAAUAGCGCAUAAAACCGUCAAAUAAUUCAUUUAAGCAACUACGGACUAGGGAUCACAACGCAAACGUAAAAUGUUCCAUGGAUUAGGGGGAAGAGCGCUAAUGGCGCUGGUUCUGGUCAACAUUGGCGUAAUGUGUGUCUAUGGCCAAUACUAUGGCAUGGCAAACAAUGGAUAUACAGGAUGUUUCACGCCCGACUUUAAACCGGGCCUGUGUGUGCCCAUGGCCAAAUGUCGUCGCAUAGAAUGGUUGCUAAAGACUUGGUCACCUCCCUAUCCCGAACAUAUUCAUCGUUACAUACGACAAAGUCAUUGUGGCUCUAGCGGCAAUGUGCAUUAUGCCUGUUGCGCUUCUUACGACAUCAAUACGGGCCACCCAUAUUAUGCCUCGCCGCCACAAGUGCAGAUUGCUAAACCUUCACCUUCACCUCCAUUUGUGCAUAAUCCCCGAAAUCCGCUGCACAGAGAUGCCAAUGUCCAAUAUCCAGUCAUAGUGGAGCCUUAUCAUCCGCAUAUUCCCCAUUCUCAUUAUCUACCACCUACCAGCAGUUAUGUGCGAUCAGCAGUGGGCGAGCAAAUACUGCGUUCAAUGCCUUGUGGUCCUUUGGCUGGUGAUCGUAUAGCAAAUGGUGAAGUGGUACGUCUUUCGGAAUUUCCCUGGAUGGUUUUACUGGAGACGAGGGGUGGCAAGUCACGUCAACGCUUUCGUUGUGCAGGAACUUUGAUAAGCAAUCAGUAUGUGUUGACUGCUGCCCAUUGUGUGGAUGAUCGUAAUGAGGUGUUUUCAGUGCGUUUGGGUGAACAUGAUCUGGGCCAUGAACAUGAUUGUGAGAAUUAUCGAAAAUCUUAUUCCGAUUCGAAUUGUGCUCCUCCCUAUGAGGAUGUGGAAGUUGAAAGUAUUACAUCCCAUCCUGAUUAUAAACGUCAUCCAUUAAUGAAUGAUAUUGCUCUGAUCAGAUUGCAGCGUCCCGUGCAGUUUAAAAGUCACAUUAAACCUAUAUGCUUGCCUCUGGAUGCCCAUAUUGAUGCCCAAAUGGCUAUGGAUCAAAUAGUUGCCGGUUGGGGUGUCACCGAAAAAGGUUAUGCCUCCAAUGUCCUUCUGAAGGCCACAAUACCCCUACAAAAUCUUGAAUUUUGCCAGCAGGCCUUUCAACAAGACACCAUCACCAAUGAAGCCCAUCUCUGUGCCGGGGGCAUUGACAAGCGCAGCACUUGUCGCGCCGAUUCUGGGGGACCGCUGUUCGCUGCCGUGCCCUAUGAGCAUCGUCAAAUGCGUUACGUUCAAUUUGGCAUCACCUCAGGUGGAAGUAAUGGCUGUGGUGGCAAACAUAACCUGCCGGGCAUCUAUACAAAUGUCCAAAAUUAUGUUAACUGGAUUAUUAACACAAUUUUUUAAUCGCUAAUUAGGCUGACAACAAAGGUCUACACUUUUGGCCAAAAAAAAAAGGAAAUGAGCUUUUGUAUAUCACCAUAUAAUUGAAUUACACGCCACUCAACCACGUGAUAAUUAUGCUUUAGUUGUACCCAACCCCCCACCCCAAAUCGAAAUAAUGAUGUUAUUAUUUUCACAAUUAGAUGGUUGUUUAAUUAAAAUAAAUAAAAAUUUCGAAUUAUGUAUCCACGGA